AUGUCUCUGCUAAGUAGGUUCUUUUACAAGAGACCACCAGAUGGGUUGCUUGAGUUUGCUGAUCGAGUUUAUGUUUUUGAUUCAUGUUUUUGCACGGAAGUGUUGGAGGAUGACUUAUACCAAAUCUUUCUCCACCAAGUCAUCAAUGAUUUACAUGAAGACUUCCCCGACUCAUCUUUUCUAGCCUUCAAUUUCCGAGAAGGAGAGAAAAGAAGCGUCUUUGCUGAGACUCUCUGUGAAUACGAUGUUACCGUCCUUGAGUAUCCAAGGCAGUAUGAAGGCUGCCCUUUGCUUCCUUUAUCAUUGAUUCAGCAUUUUCUCCGUGUCUGUGAGAAUUGGCUCUCUCGUGGGAACCGUCAGGAUGUUAUUCUUCUUCACUGCGAAAGAGGAGGCUGGCCCCUUCUUGCUUUUGUCCUAGCUAGCUUUCUUAUUUUCCGGAAAGUUCAUAGUGGUGAGCGCAGGACUCUUGAGAUUGUGCAUCGUGAGGCUCCCAAGGGUCUUUUGCAGCUCCUUUCGCCCUUGAAUCCCUUCCCUUCUCAGCUUCGUUAUCUUCAGUAUGUUGCCAGGAGGAACAUCAAUCCCGAGUGGCCGCCUCCUGAAAGAUCUCUUUCUUUGGAUUGUUUGAUUAUUCGAGCUAUUCCCAACUUUGACUCCCAACAUGGAUGUAGACCGAUUAUACGCAUCUUUGGAAGAAAUUACAGUAGCACAUCUGGUCUUUCCACUGAGAUGCUUUAUUCUAUGUCUAAUAAGACUAAACCCCUUCGGCAUUACCGACAGGCAGAAUGUGACGUGAUCAAAAUUGACAUCCAGUGCUGGGUGCAAGGAGAUGUUGUACUGGAGUGUGUGCAUAUGGAUUUGGAACCAGAACGAGAGGUUAUGAUGUUUCGUGUCAUGUUCAAUACUGCAUUUAUCAGGUCCAACAUACUAAUGUUGAACUCGGACAACUUGGAUAUUCUUUGGGAGGCCAAGGAUCAUUAUCCAAAAGGGUUUCGAGCAGAGGUUUUGUUUGGAGAAGUUGAGAAUGCUUUGCCUCAGAAAGUUCCAACGCCAAUAGUAAAUGGUGAUGAGACUGGUGGUUUGCCCAUUGAAGCCUUUUCUAAAGUUCAAGAACUUUUUAGUGGUGUGGAUUUGGCUGAAAAUGGAGACGAUGCUGCUUUGUGGUUGCUGAAACAACUUGCUGCAAUAAAUGAUGCAAAGGAGUUCACAAGAUUUCGGCCCAGAGGGAGUUUUUAUAUGAAUUCUCCUGACUCUGAAGAGGAGACCAACACAUCUAGUGCCGCUGAUAGUUCAGAUGAAGGCUUUGAUGGCGUUCAUAGACCUCGCAUUCCUCUAUAUUAUGAUAAUGAUGACACCGAAGACAUUCCUAUACCUUUUGCUCCUGAAUCUUCAGAGGAGCCUCAUGAGUUCUCUCGUGGACAACAGCAAGAAGUUCCAUCGAAAGACAGUGUCCAGCCUUCGGCUCUUACAUCCUCUGCAACACUUUUACCUCCACCGCCACCACCACCUCCUCCCCCUCCUUUUUCUGUAAAUAAAGUUACAAGCAUAGGCUCGUUGUCAUCGCAACCCCCAUCUCCACCACCGUUAUCUCUCCCUAGUUUCAGCAGUAGAGAUCCUCUAACAAUAUCACACCAGCCUAUCAACAAAACCCCACCACCACCACCACCUCCUCCACCUUUCUCUAGAAGCAUUUCUCCACCUUUAGCUCCACCACCACCGCCGCCACCUUUGUCUGGGAGCACAGAAAAUAAACUUCAGGCGCAACCACCUCCACCACCACCUCCUCCACCUUUCUCUAGAAGCAUUUCUCCACCUUCAGCUCCACCUCCUCCACCACCACCCCCACCACCUUCGUUUGGGAGCACAGGAAAUAAAAUCCAGGCGCAACCACCACCUCCUCCUCCCCAUCCUCCAAUCCGAGUAUCUUUGACUAAAUGUGUACCGUCACCACCCCCACCCCCACCACAACCUACAUCUCAUUCUGGUCCUGCUCGUGCUAACCCACCUUCAGCGCCCCCACCACCUCCACCUCCGCCUCCUAAGGCUAAUAGUUCAAAUGCCCCCAUGCCACCUCCUCCUCCUCCACUUCCUGCUCCUGCUCGUGCUAACACACCUUCAGCACCCCCACCUCCACCUCCGCCUCCUGAGGCGAAUAUUUCAAAUGCCCCCAUGCCACCUCCUCCACCUCCACUUCCUCCUUCAUCUGGAAAGUUGGGUGCUCCCCCUCCACCACCGCCACAUCCUCCUUCAUCUGCAAAGUUGGGUGCUCCCCCUCCGCCUCCACCACCACCACUAUCCAAGACUCCUGCUCCCCCUCCAUCCAAGACCCCUACUCCUCCGCCAGCGUUGGGUCGUGUUACAAGUAAUGGCCCACCACCAUUGGGAGCAAAAGGUUCAAAUGCACCGCCGCCACCUCCUGCUGCAGGAAGGGGAAGAGCUUCCACGGGAGUUGGAAGAGGCCGAGGUGUUAGUGUGCCUACAGGUGCACCUAAGAAAACCGUGCUAAAGCCUUUGCAUUGGUCUAAAGUCACUCGGGCAGCAAAAGGUAGUUUGUGGGCUGAUGAUACUCAGAAACAGGAAAAUGAACCACGUGCCCCUGAAAUAGAUAUAUCGGAGCUCGAGAGUCUUUUUUCUGCAGCUUCUGAUACCGGCGCUAAGAAAAGCACAGGUCGCAGGGGUUCGAGUAUCAGCAAACCUGAGAAAGUUCAACUGGUUGACCUGCGAAGAGCAAAUAACUGUGAAAUAAUGCUUACGAAAAUUAAGAUUCCUCUACCAGAUAUGCUUAGCGCAGUUCUAGCCUUAGAUUCAUCAGUUCUGGACAUCGACCAGGUUGAAAAUCUCAUCAGAUUUUGUCCGACGAAGGAAGAAAUGGAAUUGUUGAGGAAUUAUACUGGUGACAGAGAAAUGCUUGGGAAGUGUGAACAGUUUUUCAUGGAACUAAUGAAGGUUCCACGAAUAGAAGCAAAGUUACGAGUGUUUGGUUUCAAGAUAACCUUUGCUUCUCAGGCGGAAGACUUAAAAAGCUGCCUUAAUACAAUAAACGCUGCUACUAAAGAGGUGAAGGAGUCUGCAAAGUUGCGUCAGAUUAUGCAAACAAUUUUAACACUGGGAAAUGCUCUAAAUCAAGGAACUGCAAGAGGGUCUGCUGUGGGUUUCAAACUGGAUAGUCUUCUUAAAUUAUCUGAUACGCGUGCAAGAAAUAACAAAAUGACUUUGAUGCAUUACUUAUGCAAGCUUCUUGGUGAAAAACUGCCAGAGUUGCUGGAUUUUGCUAAUGACCUUGUUCACUUGGAAGCUGCCUCGAAGAUGGAAUUGAAAACGUUGGCUGAAGAAAUGCAGGCGUUUGAUAAAGGUCUUAAAAAGGUUGAGCAAGAACUCAUAGCUUCAGAAAACGAUGGUGCGAUAUCUCUGGGCUUCCGGAAGGUUUUGACGGAGUUUCUUGCUACCGCUGAAGCACAAGUGAAGUCGCUAACUUCUUUAUAUACAGAAUCGGGAAGAAAUGCGGAUUCCUUGUGUCACUACUUCGGUGAGGAUCCAAGUAAAUGUCCUUUCGAAAAAGUGACCCAGAUUCUGACUAUUUUCAUGAAAACUUUCAUCAAAUCACGAGAGGAGAAUGAAAAACAAGCAGAGGCUGACAAGAAGAUGCUGGAGAAAGAAGCAAUGAAGGAGAAGCCAUUGGUAAAGAAAGACGGUGCUGAUUCAUAGACAUAGAGAACGUGAACAAAGGUCGGUCUUUAACCAAAGACCUGAGGGUUUCACAUUACUCAAUGUUUGCACAUACCAAUCAAGAAGCAGAGAUCUUUCCUAGAUCGUAGAAAAAGUUGACAACUUCACUGCGAUGAUUUUUAGAUGGAAGCGUAAACUCUCUAUGUUGUAGAUGAUACUUGAACUUUUAUAGAACCUAGUAUCUUUGACUGUGCAGAUAAAAACAUUUUUUUUUUUCAAAGAGCAAUAAAUCUUUACAUUCUACUUGUCUCAUAACAUAAUGAAGAGAAAUAAUCAGAAGC